AUGGUCCUGCAGACCGGAUCCUACGGGGGUCUCACCCCGGAGCAGCUCGCGCAGUUCAACCGCGAUGGCUAUCUCAUUAUCCCGGAUGCCUUGCCGCCAACAACAGUCAAGGCCAUGCUCGACGAGACGCACACCAUGCUCGAGGACUUUUCUCUCGCCGACCACCCGAUGACCAAGUUCAGCACGGGCGAGACCUCGGACCACGUCGGCGACGACUACUUUCUCUCCUCGGGCGACAAGGUCCGCUUCUUCUUCGAGGAGGACGCCUUCUCCCGCGAGACCGGGGAGCUCGUCAAGCCCAAAUCCCAGGCCAUCAACAAGAUCGGGCACUACCUACACGCCCUGUCGCCUCCCUUUGCCGCACUCCUCGACCCCCAGCUCAACCCGGACCUGCUGGGCGCGGGCACGUCCGGAGGUUCCGUCGAGGCCGGCCGCAAGGAGAGCCACCCGGCGGCGGUCGCGCGGGCCAUCGGCUUCAAGGACCCGCGCUGCCUGCAGAGCAUGAUCAUCUGCAAGCAGCCCGAGAUUGGCGGCGCCGUCCCCCCGCACCAGGACAGCACCUUCCUGUACACGGACAGGCCCAGCGCCGUGGGCUUCUGGUACGCCCUCGAGGACGCGACCGCGGAGAACGGCUGCCUGAGCUUCCUCCCCGGCUCGCACCGCUGGGCGCCCAUCAAGCAGCGGUUUGUGCGCUCGGCAAAGGGCACUGGCACAGAGUUUGUGGACAACCAGGGCCCCAAGUUUCCCAAUGACGAAGAGUACGGCGAGAAGCUGGCCCCCGAGGGCGUGACGGCCGAGAAUGGCGAGUACGUCAUGGGCGAGGUCAAGGCUGGGUCGCUGGUCCUGAUCCACGGCAACCUGCUGCACAAGAGCGAGAAGAACCUCAGCAAGAAGGGCAGGAUCAUCUACACGUUUCAUGUCAUCGAGGGUCAGGGCACGACGUAUGACGAGAAGAACUGGCUGCAGCCACCCGCCGAAGGGCUCACGAGGGUAUACAGGGAUUAG